GCCAGCGGGGGAGGGGGCGUGUCCGCAGGCAGGGAGCGUGCGACUUGUACACACGAGCCGCGCGGCGACAGACGAGACACGGGGACGUUCUCGGCGUGUUCAGGCUGAGAGAGGCUCAGCGCACCAGCACCGCACUUUCCCAGGCGAAUGAAAAUCAGGGCACAACUGGAGAAGGGAGAGGGAUUCGCCGCAGAAGACACCAGCCUUGAAGAGACGCGCGCCGCAGCCGGGACCUUGUCAUGCAUUGGCAGAAAUCGCCGAAGGAGAAGUCGUGUUACCCGCUGCCCACCGUCAAGAAGCUCCUGGAGCAGAAGAGGAAGAGGGAGACCGGCGCCUCAGGCUCCGCCGCGCCCUCGGUGCCGACGCCAGUUCAAGCUGCCCAGCAAGGUGGUGCUGGGGGUUUCUCGGACAGCAUGGGGGCAGCGGGUCCGAUGACCGUCCCGGGGUUCGGCUUGUGGUCCAGCCCUGUCCCCCCCCACCCUUCCCCCUCCCCCUCCUCCUCCUCCCCUCCCCAGCAGCGGGAGUGCCUCUUCUCCGCCUCCGAUGACAGCUUCUUCCGGUGCCUGCCGGCCCCAGGGUCCAUGGACUUCAGCCAGACCGGCCCCUACACCCCCCCGGCCAGCAGCGCCUACAGCGGCCAGCACAGCCUGGCGGAGACCCCGUACGCUGGCGUCCUGUCCAUCCAGUUUCCAAGCGACACGGUGACGACCACGGUCUCAGCCACGGGCCCCAUGAUGGCGUCCCACCCUGCCAGCUACCCCUGGCCCCCGCUGGCAGUGGGGGUCCCGUGCCCAGAUCCCGGACACCAGGGCUACGGGAUGCAGAUGGAUGCCGAAGUCCUGCAGCAGGCCAGGAUGUUCCUGAGGGGGAUGGACUACAGCAAGAAAAUGUGGCAGGACGAAGAUGGAGACACGAUCCUGCACAUCUACACGGCCAAGGGCCUGCGGGAGUACGCCUACGCCGCAGCCGAGGACCUGAGCGUGCUGGGCAGGCUGGACUCUAAGGAGCACAAAGGCAAGACUGCUUUGCUAGUAGCGGUGACAGCCAACCAGCCUGAGAUCGUCCACGACCUCCUGCAGCUGGGGGCCGACGUCAACGCCUGCGAUGUGAAAGGUCAAACUGCCCUCCACCUGGCCGCCACCUACGGCUUUCCCCAGGUCAUGCAGGCUAUUCUGUCCAUGGGGCUGAACGUGGAUUUGGAGGCUCGGAACUUCGAAGGCCUGACUCCUCUGCACUGCGCCGCCAUCUCCCACGGCAGCACAGUGAAGGCACUAUGUGCGACGCCUGGGCUCCCGGACGCCGCGCUGCAGAACCAGGCCGAGGACAAGCUGAUCUGCGUGCAGCUGCUGCUGGGCUGCGGGGCAUCGCUGCUCAGCCAGGACAUCAAGAGCAACAAGACUGUGCUGCACCUGGCGGUGAAGGAUGGGAAUCUGAGCCUGGUGCAGUACCUGCUGGGACUCAGCUACCACGACAUGCACACCUUCGUCAACAUGAAGGCUCACGGCAACACGGCGCUGCACAUGGCUGCCGGCCUGCAUGGCCACCCCUACCAGGAGGAGAUGAUCCAGGUGCUGCUCGGCCGCGGGGCCGACCCCAGCGUGCGCAACCUGGAGAACGACCAGCCGGCGCACCUGCUGCAGGCCGGAGAGCGUGGCGAGCAGCUCAAACUUAUUCUGAAGAAGGGAAGAGCCACAUCUUCUCGUCGGCGAAUUGUAUCCUCAUAGGACCACAGACAGACCUGGACUACUUUAUGAGUCCCAGCGUAUCCCUCCGCCUCUCCCUGGUGGAGGGCAACCGUACAGUACCUUCGUGGGAGGAACUUCUCAGUCAGAGCGCUUCUAAUUUAUUCAAAAGCUAAUCUGCUACCCUUAAUUUAUACAAUAUUUAAUGGUAUCAGCAGUUUUUAUAAUGCAUGUUUUCUGUUGUUUGAAAACUGGUGUCAUUAAUCGCUAUUCCGUUUAGGAAUUAAUACGCUGUUUUAUUUUGGUUUGUAUAUGAUGUCGGCAAGGCACGCCUCCUCUCUUUAAGGGUUCUCGCGCUUCCGGUUUCAAUAACAUUCAUUUGUAGAUACAAUUUCUCAAGAUUUAGAAACUUUGAAAUAGGAAACAGCAGUUAGGCAGGUCAUUCUUUAUUAUUACUUGAGUGACAGUGAUUUUGAGUGAUUUUGUUAAACGCUUGCUAUAAAAGGCGUCUCCUAAUCUACAAUUCGAAACCCAGAAUUCUAAUUAAGGCAACAAUCAACAGACCCGUCCAGACUCUUGGAGAGUUGUGAUGGUGUGCGGCUGGCAUCGUCUAACUGGCUGCAUUGCAGUAAUCUAGCAAGUAUGGUAGCAUUUAUUUUCUCAUUAACGAAUGUGCAUUUUGAUGAUUUAUCAUUAAUACUGAGCUUGGUGGCUAACUGGCACAGCCUCUUACCAGCCGAACCCGAAUCCUCAUUUUAAAGGAGCAGAAAUAAAAGGAGGAAAGGUCUGAUAAUAACUGUAACUCACAAAUAAUAAUAAUAACGUACAAACCCAUCUUCUCCAGCUUCUAGAGUGUUGUAGCUUUAGAGUGCUGUCAACGUACAGGUAACUUAUCUUGCUUUUAACUUCUGCUUAAAGUGGGGGAUUCCACACAGCUGGUAACAGGCUCAGGGAACUCUAAUGCCUAAAUCUACAAGCGUCUUGCAGAGUAAUUGCAUUAAGUAACUUUUCUGUACUUAAAGCUUACUCCCAUCUUACAAUUUCCUUUUGAAAUUGCAUUUGAGAAACGAAAGCCUUGAAGAGCAGGCUGAUGAGUCCUGCCUCUCCUCUCCUCUCCUGCGAGAUCCACCUGCCUGUGAAGUGGGGACAGCCCUGAGCCUGCAGCCCGGGUCUGGCGCGAGCUCGCCGGACAGGGAACCCCCUGUGGGGUUCCUUGUCGUUGGCCCAGGCACAACCUCUCCCUCCGAUUGGCGUGCGGGGAAACAAAAGUCACAGUUCCGACUACUUAGGAACGUGCUGGAGGGAAAAACGGCAGGAAAAAGGCAGGCUGGUCACCUGGAGAGGGAGUGGAUCCUUAACGUUUCCAUGGCGCAGACGCUGCCUGCGGAGGGGAGACUGGGGGCGGGAAACUCCCCUCAUCUCCGGGGCCACAGCUCCCUUCAGACCCCACCCCGUCUGAGCCACUGUUCCGCGGGGAGCCUGGAGGUGCCGGCACAUUGCCGGCAGAGUCUCUGGGCGAAGCUGGGCCGGGAUGAGGAUGAGGAUGGUGGAGGUGGAGUUUCUGGCCGCUGCCCUGUCUGUCACGGACCGGGCUGGACGUCCUGUAGGCUCCCCUCUGGUCAGCGCUGUCUUGCCAUUAGGACAGGGGGAGGUGGGAACUUGGGGCGCACAGAGCCUGUGGGGUUCCUUCCGCUCCUGCUGCAGAAACGCACGAACAGGGAAGGAUGAACAGACUGGCCCUGGUCCUUUCUGUGCUCGAAUUGGCCCCUCAGCAGGGGCAAACUAAGAGCGCACGGACUUCUCUUUCACUGAAAAGAAAAAUGAUCCAUUGGAAUGAACAUAUUCAUCCAUGUGAUCUUUUUAAGAUCAAAUCAGGAUAUUUCCCUGACAUGACUUGUCUUGCUUAAACACGCUUCUCCAGAUGUGGAGAUCUAAAGGACACCCCUGUUACAGGAAAUGGACCAGACCUUGUGUUUCGAUCAGGGACUGGAGUUCUUAACCUGUCAGUCCCCUUGUAUCUUGGGGUACGUAGGCCGCAGUUGGGGUGCUUUACUGGGGCUAUACCCCCUGUGCAGCCCCCUAAACAAGUAGUUCACCCCCUCGCCGUCUCUGUGUGCCUCUGUGAUUCCCCCCAGCUCUCUGAGCGAGCGUGAUUUCUGUGAAAUCGGUGAGUGAUAGUUAGAGGGAGCAGCCCCUGGGUCGAUCAGUGAUUCAUCUCGGGCAGGUUCCUCUGCCAUUUUUGUAGAAACAAAAACUUCCCAACACUAUCACAGCGACCAUAUUGGUUCACCAGUGGUGUCAUUUUUUUAAGAAGCACGAGACGUGCUGCAUCAGUUCGUCAGUGUUUAAGCUUAAUGUAUUUUACUUUUUCAUAAGAAAACAUAUUUAUUUCAGAUAAUUGUGGUCUGUGAUCUGGGUUAAUUUUAGUUACAGUAUGUCUCUUGCGUGAGCACUAUAUUUUUCUUUCUGUUCACUGUUAAUGCUAUGAGGUCUAGAAAGUCUUGUUCUCCUGAGUAAGUGGAAGUAAGGGUAGGGGGGAUCUCAAGACUGACAGGUGCCAGUUGUUUAUAGAUUUAUUUGAGCCAGGCAGGUCAGAGUAGGAGCUUCUCGUUCACAGAGUUUAAGGAAACAGGUUCUUUUGAAGAAAAUGUGCUUCAAGGUUUCAGAAGGCAGUAAUACAAAAAGAAAAAGGCUCAUAACGUUUGGUUAUUUGGUUGAUAUAAUAAGCUUCUGUCAGUGGCUUCAGAUACAUACAAACAUUAAACAAAUAUUGCUGAAGAAUGUACUGUCAUGGUGCUUUAAUCUGUUUCAUGUCAUGAAUGCCUGAUGUACUGAAUAAGCUCUAGUCUAGUCAGUGGUGCCAGAAACCACACAUCAUAUGCUCAGGCAUCAUAAAUGGGUUAAUUAGUCCUAAUUAAUGAGUUAUCACGUGCAACCUGGUUCAGAAAUUAAGGAACAUUUUCUGACUCUUCUCUUUUUUUUGGAGGGAUCAGCUGUAUUUGGUUCUUCAGUAAGCAAGUGGCGAAUGUUCACCCUGCUGUGUGGGUAAACCUUCAGUGCUCAUCAUUGCUAUUAAUAAUAACACUCGCUGUUUAAGUCAGGGGCAUUAUUCCUGUCAUGAAGCUGACUAAUGUUUUUCUGAAGAAACAAGGUCUUGAAAGUCUCUUUGUGAAUAGUCACUAACAUUUCAGAUCCCUGCUGUAGCUGAGCAGAUGACCCCUCAUCUUCAGGGUGAUGUAACUUGCUGGACUCAGAUGGAAAAAGUCCCAGUGAGCGCAUGGCGGGCGGAGAGGCGAGGGGAUUCAUGGGGGCGCAGCGACCCCUCCCCUCCGCCCCCGGCCGCUGUGAGCUGUGCUCAGGAGACGGCUGAGGGGAAGUAAGCAGCAAGCUACUCGGCUCAGAAAAAAACUGUUGCAUCAUCUCGAUUAGCACAACAAAAUGUCACGUGAUGAUGCGUUAGCUGGGCAGAUUGUAAGACAGUAAAAGGUGAGUCAGUUUACUGCAAUACCACUUAGCCUGUUUCUCGGUAAAUAAAUUAGCACAUUAUGGCUUCAGAAAUGAACCACCUCUUCAUUUUAAUACUAGAGAAAAACAAAAUGACAGCAGACAUCUGUCCCUGAGGAAUCAUGUGCGACGGUGCAUACAUACCCAGAAAUCAAAUUAGAGGGCCCUGUGGGAUUUGGCCAGAGUGCUAGAGGGUAGCUCAUUGUCAACAUUUGUGCAAUGUUUUUCCUCUGGUACUUACACUGAUGAGCAGUUUCAAUUAUUUUGUUUAUUAUAAUUCACCAGGUGGAUCAUUCCAGUACUUUUUCCUUGGAAUGUCAGAUUAUUCCUGUUGUUUAUCCAGAAAGAAUGUUAGAUUAUUCCUGUUGUUUAUCCAGAAAGAAUGUGAGGUUAUUUUGGUAGGUUGUGAAUUAUGAAACUCCUGUUAUUGAGAAAAGAUCCAAUAGUCAGUGACUGUUUAAACUGCAGAAUGUCCUGCUGAUGUAAACACAGACGCAGGGACCUGUGUCAGUGCAGAAGUUCUGUGUUUCUGGAUUUUCUUGAUGUAGCAGAGGGAAUAUUAGACUGUACCAUUGGCACGGUGCUCGAUAAGCCUGCUGCUCUCUCUUACUGAAUGUAAACUUGUGUGGAACAAUCUACUGCUUCAUUGUCAGCAUUAAAGUCUUCCAUCUUUCAACACA